UCUAAAAUAAAGCAGUCUACGUCAUAAGAAGUAAAAUCGUUCCUUGAUAAGAGAAUGUAUUCAUCGAAGAAUGAAAUUAUUGCAAUGAGUUAAAGGAAAGUAUGACUGUGAAAUGAAGAAUUCAUCACCGAACUUAGGAAAGACCAAAUCGACUUUUAACCUGUGGAACGAUGCGCGUAUGUUAACGCACGUUGCUUCAAACAGAACGCCUGAUUUCGCUCAUCAAAGUAAAUACGAUUCGCAUGUGAUGCCGAGACGAUCUUCCAACCGCAAGUCUACGGAUAUCAAAAAUGAGAAUGAUUAUUACAAUACCGCUGACAGAGCGCCCUUAGAUUAUCUGAAAGCUAACAAUUCCAUCAACACUGUGCACCUGCAGAAUCCUUACAGACCGCCCCAACGAUUAGAGGGAUUUGCGUCCCGUGAUCAUUCAAAGGGUAUGUAUCGAUCGCAAGAUUUUACUCUGAGAUCGAGAUAUAACAACAACUUACUCGGGAUCAAAGAGUCAAUUGUAAAUAGGAACAACGAUCAAGAAAAUGAAAAUGUCGAAAGAUCGAAGAAAAAGAAGCAUCAAGUAUUCACCGAACUCGGUCAGCUUACUAAACAAUAUUGCACGAACAGCACCCUUCACGGUUUGCGUUACAUCGGUAACUCGGAAUUGUCAAUCGUGGAAAGAAUAUUCUGGAUAAUCUCUUUCACCACCGCGCUAGGAAUGGCUGUAUAUUAUAUUUAUUAUCUCUAUGAAAAGUGGAAUGUAUCACCCAUCAUCAUUUCUUUGAGUCCUGAGCCGGUUCCUCUUAAUGAAUUCCCUUUUCCUUCCAUAACAAUCUGCAACAUGAAUAAUGUCAAGAAGACUGAAGCAAAGCGGAUCGAGCGCGGGUCUGACGACUUGGAUAAAAUAAUGAUGGACGAUCUCUGCAAUUGGGAAAGAAGCAACGUAACUUAUGAUCAGGAUCAGGCUAUAGACUGGAAUAGAAUGCUGCGGUUUAUGAUUAAUGUAUCUCAGCCGUGCACAGACAUGUUAUACUAUUGUCUUUGGCACGGGAAUCAGACCGAUUGCGAGAGGAUUUUCAAUCCUACGAUGACCGACGAAGGUAUUUGCUGCAAUUUCAAUUCGGUGACCAGGAAACAUCUCUUCUAUAAUCCACACGAUUGGCCCGAUCUGAAUAUAACAUAUCCAUCCGUCAGCGUCGAUUGGAAUGCUGAAAAGGGAUAUGACGCAAAUAUGCCACCGGAUGUCAUACCAUGGAGACCAUAUGGUGCUGGACUGUUUUACGGUUUGACCUUAGUACUGGAUGUAGAAUCAAGUGAAUAUUAUUGUUCGUCGACUGCUGGCAUGGGCUUUAAGAUGCUGCUCCACAAUCCCGUGGAAACACCGAAGAUCGCCGAUUUUUCGUUCUCGAUCACGCCAGGCGAGGAGACCCGAGUGAUCGUUAGACCGCGAAUAUCGACUGCCAACUCAGCGAUAAUCUCUAUACCCCAGAAGAAGAGGAAAUGCUUUUUCACAGCCGAAAGAAAGUUGCGUUAUUAUCGGACGUACACGCAGAGGAAUUGCAUACUGGAAUGCGAGGCAAAUUUUACGCAGGAAAUUUGCAAUUGCGUGCAAUACUACAUGCCAAAAUCGGCGAAAACACCGAUCUGCGGCAAGAGAGAUGAGCAAUGUGCUACACGUGCCAGACGAGCUAUGGAAACCAAACUCUAUGACGAGGAUUUGACGACUCCGAUAAAUGUUAGUAGAAUACCGAGUUGCAACUGCUGGCCAGGCUGCUUCGAGAUCAAUUAUAGAAUAGAGCUUUCGCAGAAUAAAUUAACAUCGACCUUCAACAUCAAUAAACAAUACAUAAAGAAGAAUUUGGAUUAUUUCACGGAAAAUAUAGCGGUUGUUCACCUAUUCUUCGUAGAUUCUCAAUUCACAAAAUACGUAAAAAAUGAGCUCUAUGGAUUCACCGAAUUUCUGUCAAGUACGGGAGGCUUGUUGGGUCUUUUUAUGGGCUUCAGUUGUCUGUCAUUCAUGGAAAUUGUGUAUUUUGCAACUAUGCGGCUGUGGUGUCGUUUAUAUAAUCGUCGGGAAUCACAGAGGCCCAUCACGCUCCAGAUACAUCCGUUAGAUGAUAAAAGAAAAGUGAUCUAUCCAUUCGCGAACUGAAGUUCCGUCUUUUCCGAUGCGAAUUCAAUGCAAAUACGAUGUAAAUAGCGACUUAUUGUUAACAUAUUAUAAAGUGUAUUAUCGAAAAAUAUAUCGGGUGUGUAUGAUGUAUUCAAUAAAUUAAAAAUAUUUACGAUUCCCGAUUCUCUACAGAAUAACACGCGACUGCUCCGAAAGAAAAUAUUUUGAAUUAUUGUAAUUGCAUUAAAAUGAGUUAAUUUUCGUGUUUAUAAAUAUAAAACAAUUAACGAAUUAAAAACGACGAAAGAUACGAAGGAAUUUGCAGAAUGUAUUAAACGUCAUGUUGUCUUGAGGUCCUC